UACACGGUAAGGAGAGAGAGAGAGAGAGAUUGGAGAACACACAGAUCCGUCCUCUGUAGAUCGCCUACAUAGUGUCAGAAAUAGAGCUUAGUUUACAACCUGUUUUGCAUGAGACCCUGGGCGGUGCGCUAAUACACAAUCUGAGUGAGGAUACAGGUUGACUGACUAACGUCAAGAAGGAAAACGAGAAGAAACGCGACAACAAAAAGGAAAGAAGAAAAAAAGAAGAAGAAGAGACAAGAUGUACACUGAAAUUACCCAUCUCUGCAAGGUAUGCCCCUAAAUCAAUCCUAAAACCUACUCUACUUUGCAAGGAUGUAAGAUCAAUGGAGUGAGACUGGAGUGAUUACAUCCAUCUGAAGGAGAAAAGGGAUUUUGAUAUACUCAUGUGACUGCUUCACAAGACAGGAUAUGAAGAAAGUGAGCAUGCUUCGUCUUUGAAACUAUUUAUUUAGAAAAAAUCAACUGAACUCUUGGUUCUCCUGUCACAUGUAAUCUGCAUUAAAUCAUAUCAGUUUAAUUAUGAAAAUGGGACAGAUUGCAAUAUUUCUUCUGCACACACAUCUGCUGCUUGGAGUCGGAAGCUCCCUGGUCAUUCAAUCAAUGCCCUGGAGAGUGCCCUGCCCUUACCAGUGUGUCUGCCAAAUCAAGCCCUGGUACUCUCCCCAGUCUGUGUACAGAGAGGCUCCUACAGUAGACUGUAAUGACCUGUUACUUAUCCAGCUGCCCACUUCCCUCCCUCAAGAGACACAAGCCCUCCGGCUGCAAAGUAACCUCAUCAGUUCUUUGGACCAGAGUGAACUCCAGGGUCUUAUCAAUCUGACAGAGCUGGAUCUCUCCCAUAACAGCUUUACCAGUACCCGUAACCUGAGGAUAACCGACUUGCCAGCUCUUCUCAGCUUACACAUGGAGGAAAACCAGCUGAGACACCUCCCAGAAGCAGCUUUCUUUGGUCUCCCUAGCUUGCAGGAGUUGUACCUCAAUCACAACAGGCUUCGAAGCAUCUCCCCUGGGGCCUUCAAGGGUCUGGAUAAACUUCUAAGGCUUCAUCUCAACUCUAAUCGAUUGGUUGUAAUUGACCGGCGUUGGUUCCAUGCUUUGCCACAAUUAGAAGUUCUCAUGAUUGGCGGAAACUCUGUGGACACUAUUCAGGACCUAAAUUUUAAACCACUGAGCUCUUUGCGCAGUCUUGUCCUGGCAGGCAUGGGCUUACGUGAGAUCUCAGCACGAGCGCUAGAGGGGCUUCAAAAUUUGGAAAGCAUUAGCUUUUAUGAUAAUCAACUAAUAAAAGUUCCAAAAGAGGCAUUGCAAAAGUUGCCAGGUCUAAAGUUCCUUGACUUGAACAAGAAUCCCAUUCAGCUAGUGCAGAGGGGAGACUUUCAAAAUAUGCUUCACCUGAAAGAGCUUGGCUUAAACAACAUGGAAGAGCUUAUCUCUAUUGAGCAUUCAGCAAUGGAAAACUUGCCUGAAUUGACCAAACUGGAGAUCACAAACAAUCCUCGGCUCUCAUAUAUCCACCCUCAGGCAUUCCAAAAGUUGUCGAGUAUGGAAAGUCUAAUGCUGAACAGUAAUGCCUUGAGUGCCCUGCAUAGCCAAACAGUAAGGUCGUUGCCCAGCCUUCAAGAAAUCAGCUUGCACACCAAUCCUAUUCACUGUGACUGCCUGAUCCGCUGGGUGGGAGCCGACAAUGACAAGCCAGUCCGUUUUAUUGAGCCUCAAUACACAUUCUGCUCUGAGCCUCCUGAGCUGAAAGCCAGACAAGUUAAAGAAGUCUCAUUCAGAGAGAUGACAGACAGCUGCCUGCCCUUGAUUGCCCCAAGCACAUUUCCCUCAUACAUUGAAGUCAAACAUGGAGACAACAUAGCCUUGCACUGUCGAGCACUGGCAGAGCCAGAGCCAAGUAUCUACUGGGUCAUUCCCCAAGGUGUGAGAUUGACUCCAUCCAGCAGCUAUGGGCGUUAUCAGGUUCUCACAGAAGGCACAUUAGAGAUUUUGGGAGUCACUGCUGAAGAGGCCGGUUUCUACACUUGUGUUGCACAGAACCUAGUGGGAGCUGAUACUAGAAGCUUGACUCUACAGGUGGAGGGAGGUGACAUGGUUCAUACAAAUACAUACAAAAAGACAGAGGACAGCUUUGAAGUUCAGGAUGUCAAAGAAAGGUAUGCCUUACUAACCUGGCAAGCAAGCCAUAACAUCCCUACCACCCAUUUAUCAUGGGUGGUCAAUGGCAGUCUGGAAGACCAUCAUAGACAUACCACUCAAAUUUUAGCUGGCACCAGGAGAUUCAACCUAACCCGUCUGCAACCUGGCACUCAUUACAAAGUUUGUCUACACAUGGGGCCUAAUGUCACCUCAUGUGUCCAUCUAAGGACCAAGAAGGUGUCCAUGCCAGAUCCUCUACCAGACCUGACCCCAGCUGUACUGUUGGUAGUUUCUGCUCUGCUCCUUUUUUUUGCAGCCAGAGCAAGUAAUGGGGGAGCCUCACUUGGUUGGAAAGACCACAUACUGGAGCUUGAAAAACCCCACAUCACCAUUCUGACCCAGGAGGCAAAGGCUUUCAUGGCUCCUCCAAUACUAGUAAAGUACCUGAAUCAGCAGGAUCCAAACAAAGCCCUAUCCGACAGCAGAGGGAAAGAUCUCAGAAAUACUUCACUGAGGCAAGAUGCUCGGGGGCUAAUAAAAGAGGCAUGCUGAGCAGAAUAAAGAGUUAAAGAAGGAUGGACCAAAAAAAAAAUCUCUGGAGUACAAGUCUCACAAAACUCACUUUACUGAUCUGACAGUCAAAACUACUGAAUGUCUGAGACACACAAUACUAGACAUUUAAGUGGCAGACCGCUUCAAAUAACAGCGAUACAAUUUCAAAGUAUAGAAUAAAAUCAAAACAAAAAAAGAAAGAAAGAAAGAAAGAAAGAAAAAGAUAUUUGUAUUUAUUUUGUAACAAUAAAAGAUACAACACAUAUGUAUAUUAAAAGCAUUUGUUCAUAUAUUCACAUACUGUAUAUCAACCUAGGACACUAAAGCUGUGCUGCCAAUCAUAAAUAACAGUUCAUAUAGAGUCUGUUUAAAUGCAACCUCCCAACUUUAUGAGUCUGUGUCACAACCCAAAUGGUUGUAGAAAGAUAAGCACUUAACUAUUUUAAUACUGAAGAAAAGACUGGAUUGACACAUGAAAGCAAACACAAAUAGCAAGGAAGCCUCUAAAAAACUAAAGAAGACAGAAUUUCAGUCUUUUGAAAGGCGUUCUGCAAGCUGAUAGCAACAAUAUACUUUUCAUUUUGUGGUGAAAAUCUCAAAGCAGGCAUUACGGAAAGAUCUGAUAUAAAGGGAGGUAUUUUAAAUGUUAUAUAACUAAUGUUGUCUCUUUAAAAGUGUGUUAAAUUGUGCUUUGUAUAAGGACCCCAAGAGAAUUCUCCAAAGUUAAGACCAUCUCAGUUUUUUCUUUUAGUUUUUGAGCAUAAAAGAAAAUGAUUUUUCCCCUUCAAAAAUGGACUGAUCGAUACAUCUGAUACAACUUAUGACCUAAAAUGCUCAGAGUGGGAUGAGCAUUUUGGUCCCCUCACUCCUGAAAUAUGAAAGACCUUAACUUAGAAAAACA